CCACCAUUCAUCAUCAUUGUUGAAGAGAAGAGAAGCGAAGCGAAGAAGAAAAAGGAGGACAACGAAGAUGAGCAGUGGCAAGGAGCCGUUGGUUGGCGAAGACAUCUCACUCGACUUUCACGAUGAUGACGGUGAUGAUAUGUAUGAUGACGACGACACCUACGAUCACCAAGACACAGAUGCGCUCCUUGGUCAACAUGAGCAAGGAGACAUGUCAGCAGAGCCUGCGCAAGCGGAGGGUACCAGCUCUGCAGAGUCUCAAGGGAACACAGCCGCAACAGAUGCUGCUGUGGCCGCCUCCGUGUGGUCCUUUGGCUAUUACCAGUCGUUCUUCGAUGUCAACACAGCGGACGUGACCAAACGCGUCAAGUUGGGCGCCAUCCCAACGCCAAAGUUCCUCGAGGAGACGAAGAGCAAGAGCGACCUCUACGGCCCCUUCUGGAUCAGCACCACGUUAAUCUUUGCGCUGGCGCUGACCGGAAACCUGGCCCACUACACGGCGACACCGCAGGACCAGCGCACAGAGUGGCACUACGACUUCUCCAAAGUUACGCUCGCCGCUACCGCCAUCUACGGAUACACAACACUGGUUCCCAUUGGUCUCUGGCUCGGAAUGAGGUUCUACUCUGCGCUGGCAGUGAGUGCAUUUGAUCUCCUCUGUCUCUACGGCUACUCCCUCACGGUCUACAUCCUCGCAGCGUGCUUGUGCGGGCUGCCGUUUGUCGACAACGGUUUCCAGUGGGGCAUCAUCAUGACGGUCAUGGGCACAUCAAGCGCGGUGGUGGUGAUCAACCUGUCCCGGCUGCUGCACGACGCCCCCGCCCGCCUCCGCAUUGUCGUCAUCGCCGUCGCCGUCCUCGCAAACGCAGCGCUCGCAGUCGGCUUCAAGAUGUAUUUCUUUCAAUACUGAAAGCGUUGCACAAGCGCCUGCCUACUUACUCCCUAGUCCACCUCCCCCCUGUUUGCCUCUUGCCUCGUUGUUGUACACACCCAAUACAUAAUCGUAGCUUGCCACCCU